AGUCGGUUCGUGCCAUCGUGUUGUGACUUAAGUGCGCGAUCGCCAUUUAUCUCGCGACGAUAUAAAAAAAUACCCAGGAGGUUUUAGGGUGCAGUGCGUUUAUUCGUGAUGGUUUAGAUUACGGAGACUUUCAACAGUUAUGGCAUACCAUCUUUCAAUUAGGCGGACAAUAAAAUACAGUGUUUCGAUAUGGUCCGUCGGGAUGUGGUUUCGGUGCAUUAUAUUAGUGUGUUUAAUUCGGCUGCCGGGAACCCUAAGUCGGUGUUAUCCACCGGGACGGGCAGAUGUGCUGUACGGUGAUCCAUUGGAAUUGUUUUGCAUCGCCGAAAACCCGGACGACCCUGAUUACAACCCCGAAGAUCUUAAGUUCAGCGUUGGUACGAUUGUGAUAAAUGAUACGGAGCUCGUCAAUUCCACUACAAGACGGCUUUACGUCAGAAAACCUGAGAAGUCAGUGCGUAUGAUAACUUAUCAGUGUCAGUACAAAAAUGAUAUAUGUCAUAUUAGAGUGCUGGUGGACACUCCUCCAUUGGAGGUCACAGAUUUUGGCUGUAUUUCGUACAACCUCAAUAAACUUCGGUGUAACUGGACAUCCGCGCCUGAUAUAGCAGUAAUAAGGUAUAAUGUGAGUGUAGAGUUUGCUGGAAAGAGAGUGGGACCUUACCCGGCUAAAGAAGUUAAAGGCAGCAAAACCAAUGAGAUAUACUGGGAAUGGGACUCCGCAUACAGACAACAAGAGGUUAAUUUUAAUAUUAUCCUAAAUGCAACAACUCAGUUUGGUUCAACUGUUCAACAAUUUAACAUUGAUCACUUUGCCAUUGUCAAGCCUGACCCGCCGAGUAACCUUCAGGUGUUGAUAAAUAAGAGCCACCAAGUCAAGUUGCAAUGGGAGAUCCCCAACACUAUGGUGGAUCUUCUGGCCUGUGGAGUGGAGCAUAGAAUAGAGUAUCAGAUUGCUAAAAUCGAUCAUACUAAAGAUUUCCACAGUGUCAAUGCUUCAAUGUUGCCUCGAAAUAAUAAAACUUACAUGUUUUGGUUGAAAAAUUUGCCAUAUGCUCACAUGCAGUAUGAAGUUAAGAUAUACAUAAAGUCAAGAAAGGCAGUGAGGGAAGAAUUCUGGUCCAACUAUAGCUAUAUAGUGUUCACAACAGCCAGCGAAAGACCGAGGCGGCCUCCGGGUAUGAUUGCUGGUGCUUUCAGUGAAACUGAAUUUGAAUCUAGAAGGAAAGUGAUGAUAUACUGGAGACAACUGGAAGAAUAUGAAGAGGCCGGAGCUAACUUUACUUACAUGGUAAAUGUGACUCACAGUGACAAGACAAUGACUCUCUAUCCUUACAAAAACAACAGCCUCAGUUAUGUGAUCCUGGAUAAUGUUCCAUGGAAACCGAUGCAGGUAUCUGUAGCAUCACUUAAUGAAAAAGGAUUGUCUCCAUACAACAGUCAUCUGUACAUCCCUCCUAAAGCAGAUAGCAGCUUGAAAGUAACAAAAUUCAGCCAAAUUGCAUUUGAAGGCAAUAUUUAUAAACUUUCUUGGAUUGGUUUUGGGGAGAGUAAAAUUGAUAACUACACCCUCUUCUGGUGUCAACAUAACAUCACCAACAUAUGUACAGGUCGACUCAAUUUCACAGUCUUGGAAAGUAACAAAACUAGUCAUAAAAUUACUCUCCCUAGAAGAGACAGGUAUCAGUUCGCAAUAUCUGCCAAUAGAGGGUUAGACACAAGUGGCAUUGUGUGGGCUACAUGUGAUAUCUCAAACGAUACUCUCCUUAUGUAUAAUUUCCCAGUUGAAGUAGGACACGGGCCACAAGGGAAGACUCAUGUCAGCAUAACCUGGUCACUCACUUGCAGCAUACACCUAGAACCAAAUCAAACAACUAUCAAAGGAUACAAAAUAACAUACUGCAUUGUCUUGAAAACUACCAAUGAAUGUGACCCAGCGUAUAAUAAAACAUAUGUGAAUAUACCAAAUCCUCGUCAAAUGCAGAAGAACAUUACAAACUUGUUGCCUUUCAAAACAUAUUUAUUUACGUUGUCAUUAGAGACACAUUCAGGAUGGAAAAAUUUGGAGAAUGCAUCAACUGCAACUACCACUACAGAGGACACGCCGACAAGUCCCAGGAAUGUCAAUGUAACAAACAUAACAAGUGACUCUGUUGUACUGUCAUUUGAUCCCCCAGAUCCAAGAAAUGGUAUUAUUGGUAAUUACAAAAUUUAUAACUAUUCUGAUCUACUCAAGGUGGUGGACGUAGUGAAUGACAGCACUGAUACAGUUAGAAGGAAUGUGACUAUUACUGGUCUUCAAGGGUUUACCACUUACAGUUUCACCGUUAAAGCUUGCAACACUGGAAUUAAGGUUUGUUCUGAAGAAAGUCCGCAUGAACCUAUUGUAAUCACCACUAAAAUUGGCCCACCUGCUCAAUUAAAGCCUCCCCAAGUCAUACAAAAUCCGGAUCAACUGCUGUGGCACAAACCUGAUCCUCCAGGUGGUAACAUCACAUACUAUGAAAUUAGAGUAGUUAAAGACAAUAAUGAAAAAGAUGCUAUAAUAUACAGCACUUACAAUAGGACAUACAAAGUGGCUCAAUGUGCUGAUGUGCGUUUCGGGGAGACAUACCAAGUACGCGCAGUAAAUAGAGAUGGAGACCUGAUAUUUCCUGGGGAGUGGAGUGAGCCCAGCCAUAACAACUGCCGGUUUAGCGAUAACACCACUAUGGUUCUUAUUUUUGUAACAUUAUUUGCUCUUCUUGGAAUAGGAUAUGGUUGUAUGAAACUUUAUCAAAAAUACAAAGAUAUGGACAUAAAACCGGUGAUGCCUGAAGGUCUUAUUAUACCGGAACCUGAUAAAUUCCAAUUUGCAUGGAACUCUACCAAUAAAGAUAACAAACCAUCAAAUGACGAAACAUUGCCUUUGACAACAAAAGUGCCGAUGGUGUCUUUGCCAGAAGUCAAACAAAAUGACAACAGCAACUGCAAUACCAGUGACCGUACGACCAGCACUGCCAUGUCGGAGUCUUCCCAAGGACACGUGGACCGUCAGCCGUCCACUUCGGAUGACGAUUCCAAUUCAUCACUUAAUCUAGAAGUGGACGCUGGAAAAGUCGAUGACAGCAACAACGACGACGAAUAUUCAAAUUCUGACAAUGACAGUUUCCGUGAUCCAUUUAACGACAAACCGUUUAAGGUGAAGCCUCAACCGGUGCGAAACCCUAACACGGGAUACGUACAAUCAGUGCCGGCAGUGUCCGUGAAGAACCCGCAGCUCCCGCCGGUAGUGCUAAAGAAUCCUGGCUUUAAGCUUCCACCGGAGACGGCGAGCUCGAGCUACGUGAAGGCCGGGCUGUCGCCGUCGAUAUUCACGACCGGAGUGGUCCCGCCGCCGGUGAAGAGUCAUCCUCCUACCUCAUCAGGUUAUGUUCUUCGCGACGACGCUCAGGCUGAAUUGCCUAACAUGCGGCCGCCGCCGAGCAUACAUUUCGGGCCGACGAGCUUGCCGACAAUGCCCGCCUUGCCGCAGCCAGCCAAACACGGCGUCGACAGCAGCUACAUCCAGCUGCAGUCUCUAGACUCCUUGCCUAGUCUGAAACAGACAGAUCGUAACAUUGUGCCAUCACAGAAGCCCACGGCGCCCAGUCUCAGUCCCGGAGAUGGCGUUAUAAAUAAGCAUUUAAAUAAUCUAAUGUCCGCCGGGCAAAUGGCGGAAGAGCCAGCCAUCCUGGACCCUAAGAUGUCGCCCGAUGCGUACUGCCGCUUCUCCUGGAGCACCGACCCCGCCAAUGACAACUUGCAAUCGCUGUACUCGCCUGCCACAGUCAACUCUUUUAAGAAUUGA